AUGUGGUGGGUGGUGCCAUCGUGUACAAGCAGAUCAUCAAAGAACUUCAAGACUCAACCAGUAGUGGAUAUUGAAGAAAUACUGAAGAUGAAACUCGAAACGAUUAAAGAAGAGCCAGAAAUCUCUGAAGAAAAUGUUAAGUUAACGAAGACGAAUACUAUGAGCAAGCAAUUAGUGAAGAAGAUUCAGCUCAAAGUCAAGAAGGGUCGUGUUUUUUCGCAUAAAUUUAGUCUGAAAGAAUGUUAUGUUAUGUUCAUGACUGGUUUGGCUACCAAAGGUGCGUUAAAUGGUCUUCCUAGAUAUUAA